AUGGUCAACUCCUGUUGUGGCUCUGUAUGCUCUGAGGAGGGCUGUGGCCAAGGCUGCUGCCAGCCCAGCUGCUGCCAGACCACCUGCUGCAGGCCCACCUGCUGCCGCCCAAGCUGCUGUGUGUCCAGCUGCUGCAGGCCCAGCUGCUGCAGACCCCAGUGCUGCCAGUCUGUGUGCUGCCAGCCUACCUGCUGCCGCCCCAGCUGCUGCCGCCCCAGCUGCUGCCGCCCCAGCUGCUGCAUCUCCAGCUGCUGCCAACCCUCCUGUGGUAGUUCUAGCUGCUGUGGCUCCAGCUGCUGCCUCCCCAGCUGCUGCCGCCCCUGCUGCCAGCCCUGCUGCCGCCCCUGCUGCCAGCCCUGCUGCCAGCCCUGCUGCCGCCCCUGCUGCCGCCCCUGCUGCUGCCUGCGCCCAGUCUGUGGUCAGGUCUGCUGCCACAGCACUUGCUACCGCCCGACCUGUGUGAUCUCCACCUGCCCCCGCCCCAUGUGCUGCGCCACCCCCUGCUGCUGA